CUGGCCAGCGGUUUACAUCGGUGAAGUACGUGCAGGCUAUGGGGAGUGACUGAAAGGUGUUGUAGGUUGACAAGCUCAUUCUCCGCCCCAUCAAGUCACGCUUUCGGUUCCGAAAACUAUAUAUACCGAGAGAACGGUAAACCCUAAUCAUCCUUCAACGACAUUAACCCUAAACCAGCGGCGAAGAUGGCAGCACAGGAUUUUAAUUUUUUGCUUGCGACAGACUCCUACAAGAUCACACACUACAAGCAGUACCCGCCCAACGUCAGCAAGGUGUACUCCUACUUCGAGUGUCGCCGCAGGAAGGAGGGCCAGUUCAGCGAAGUGGUGUUUUUCGGUCUGCAGUACCUCUUGAAGAAAUACCUGACAGGUCCCGUCAUCACAGAGGAGAAGAUCCAGGAGGCAAAACUCUUCUACCAGCAGCACUUCAGACAAACAGUGUUUGAUGAGGAGGGAUGGAGAAAAAUUUUAGAGAAGUACGAUGGUCGCCUCCCCAUCCGGAUCAAAGCGGUGCCAGAAGGGAAGAUCAUUCCCCGGGGAAACGUGCUCUUCACGGUGGAGAACACAGACCCGGACUUCUUCUGGCUCACUAACUACAUUGAGACCAUGCUGGUCCAGAUGUGGUACCCCAUCACUGUGGCUACCAUUUCCCGGGAGUUCAAAAAGAUCCUGGCCAAGCACCUGAAGGCUACUUCAGGCAGUCUGGAAGGGCUGGAGUUCAAGCUGCAUGACUUUGGUUACAGAGGGGUUUCAUCACAAGAGUCGGCAGCACUGGGCGGGGCAGCCCAUCUGGUCAACUUCUGCAGCACGGACACGGUGGCUGGGCUCCUGAUGGCCCAGCGCUACUACAGCUGCCCCAUGGCCGGCUUCUCCAUCCCUGCAGCUGAGCACAGCACAAUCAUUUCAUGGGGGAGGAACCGGGAGAAGGAGGCGUUUGAGAGUCUUCUGGACCAGUUUCCCUCUGGACCUGUGUCUGUGGUCAGCGACAGCUACGACAUCUUCAAGGCCUGCAAGCACAUCUGGGGGGACAAGCUGAAGGAGCGUGUGAUGGAGCGUAGCGAGGACUCCACCCUGGUCAUUCGGCCGGACUCUGGAGACCCUGCUGAAACAGUCAUCGAGGUGAUAAAGAUUCUGGAGGACUGUUUCGGGAGCUCUGUCAACUCCAUGGGCUACAAGCUCCUGCCAUCUUACCUGCGUAUCAUCCAGGGAGACGGGAUCGACUUGCAGUCUGUGGAAGAGAUCCUGAAGAAGCUGAGAGACGAGGGCUGGAGCGCAGAGAACGUGUUUUUCGGCUGCGGCAGCGCGCUCCUGCAGAAGCUGAACAGAGACACCCUGCACUGCGCCUUCAAGUGCAGCUACGUGGAAACCAACGGGAAGGGGAUGGAUGUGUACAAGCAGCCCGUUACAGAUCCGUCUAAAGGGUCAAAGAGAGGCCGCUUGUCCCUGAGGAGGAACUCCGACGGCUUCAUCGAGACGGUGGAGCGCGGCGUCGGCAAGCCUGAGGAGGACCUGCUGGUGACGGUAUUCGAGAACGGCUGCAUACUUCAGGAGUACACACUGGAGGAGAUCAGGAAGAAUGCGCGGCUGUGGGAGGAGGACCUAGGCCUCUCCCAGCACAACCACGACAGCCCCAAGGCCCAGGAGCUGCACCAGAAGCACAUAAUGAAUGGUGUGCACUAAUCAGCCGUUAUGCAAAUGAGCUCUGGGCCCAUGGACCAAUCAGACCUCCUCAGCUCAGCUUCACAGAACCUUCCCUGCCCUAGCCCCCCCCCCCCCC